AUGGCAACAGUGCGACGAGCGCUCGAAAAUGUCACAAUUUCAUUGGCGCCUACGGAAAUAAUUCAAUCCUCCGACAGACGAUGGCAGACGUUGACAGCAUAUCGAAGCCUCCUCCGAGCCAUUACCUACACACCCGACCCCGUCGCGCGAGAAUACUGCUACGAAACAGCUAGGGCUCGAUUUCGCAACAAGGCCGGUCUAUCUAAGACAGCGGAUAACAACAAAAGAUUCGCUGAACGGCUAAAGAAAGCCCACAGCAGCGUCCGACGUCUCAAUCGGGCGAACCGUGGAGUGGUGGAGGAUUUGAUCAAUGUUCUGGAUCGGGCAUACGGAAAGGCAGGCCCUCAACGUCGAUUAUUGAUCAGGGACCUCUUGCAACCGGACGAGGAGGAUCUGCCACAAGAUAACGCCGCCUUGAGCUCAUUGAUUCUUGGGCCUUCGGCUGCGUCGGUCCCAACCUUCGACCAUCAUCUUAACACGACGAAGAAAUUCGAGGCUUUGCUUGAGAGUCAGCUAGUGCGACCUUCCACCGAGCAAAGGGGUAAGGCUUCAUUCAAAGAUGCAAAGCCAAAGUUACCCAAAAAGAAUACAUGGGGCCGCCCAAUGCCAAACAAGAGGGCGAUCAAAAUGGUCAAAAGAUGGUGGGCCGAUGCUUUGGAAAAGAUACAUCCGCCAGUACCCCACCAAAUAUGGGAUCGAUUACGAGAUUUGUCUACGGGUGCAAUUCCUACUCCCGAGUUCAUUCCCCGUCGUUCAUCGCCAGAACAGCCUGAAAAACUGCUUGUAAUUAAUGACCAAUUGGUGGUCAAUAAUUUGCGUAACCCAGCGAGGGAGAAAGGAGAAUUGGAGUGGAGAGCGGAUCAGAGGAAGAUAUAUGUUGCCCCUCCUAUCAAGGAGAGUGACGAGAAGACUGCAGAAACGGCAUACAAUAGUCCGCGGACAAUGCGAAGAAUAUAUGCGGACAUAUGGGCCAGAACAGCGAAGAUGUAUAAGGAUCUAGAUACAAAAGAAUGGGUGAUCGAAUGGGGUUAUGGUAAAUCGCAAUUAUUUCAGGACCCUGUUGCAAGCCUGUCUGAAUCUCAACUCGAGCUUUUUGAGGGCACAGAUAGCGAGAUAGCAUCGACCACUCAGCCAGAGGCAGACGAGAAAACAAAACCGGAGAGACGACUCACAAUUUGGAAUCCCCGCACCCCGUUCUGGAGUCCCCCACCACCAAAGCCGGAUCCACCUGUCAAUUUGAAAGAACGGGACGACAAAUCAGCAGAAGAGAAGAAGGGUGUAUCAGAGGAGUACAUUAUGCGACUUGCGCUCAGGCAAAGAGAACUCAUCAAAAAUAAAAAAGAGGGAAGGGGCAUUAUGAGAACCUUGCCAACCAGAAAAGAAUUGGCAGGAAAAAAGCCAUAG